AAAUUUGAAAAAUGCGGGUCGUUUCACUACUAGCGUUGAAUAUAAAAGUGCGUUUUUCCCAAUUUUUGCAUUCUUGUCCCAAACAUGAAAGUUAUUAUUUUGUGUGUCCUUUCAACCAUCCUCUCAAUUUCUGCUCGAAAGGGCUUCGGCCCUAGCGACCAGGACUGGGGCUUUGUCACAGUUCGCAAAGGAGCCCACAUUUUUUGGUGGCUUCAGCGAACUCUCGCGACCGAAAAUUACACAGAACGCCCCCUUAUUAUUUGGCUGCAAGGAGGUCCGGGAGCUUCGUCUACAGGAUAUGGGAAUUUCGCCGAACUUGGGCCUUUAGACGCCGACCUUAAGCCUCGAAACUUCACCUGGAUUAACAACUACAACGUCCUGUUUGUUGAUAGUCCUGUGGGAACAGGGUACAGUCAUGUGGACUCCGGCAAUUAUUUCGCAACCAACAAUAAACAAAUCGCUCAGGAUUUUGUCGAGUUGUUGAAAGGCUUUUACGCGGUUUUACCCGAACUGAGGGACACCCCUGUGUACAUUUUUUCGGAGUCUUACGGCGGGAAAAUGGCCGCGGAAAUUGCGCUCCUCGUCGAUCAAGCGGUUAAGGAGGGUUUUCUCGAUAUAGAGUUGGCCGGAGUGGGGCUUGGCGACGCCUGGAUUUCCCCAAUAGAUCUGGUGUCAUCCUGGGCCCCUUAUUUACUCCACGUGGGCGCGGUUGACCAAAGUGGCUAUGAACAAAUCAAUGAGUUGGCCCAGCUCACUAGAUCAGCCCUUGAUCGUGGCCAUUUUAUCGAAGCCACGCAACUUUGGGCUGAAACCGAAGGGACGAUCGCCUCCCUGACUGAAAAUAUCGAUUUUUAUAACAUUCUGACUAAAGUGCCAUCAGUAUGGAAAGCUCGAGACGUAAUAAAACCAGCAACUCGUGAUUAUCUCGAUGAUAAAAUUGCAUUGCUUAUGAACACUCAAGUGAGGGAGGCUUUGGGCUUGAAUGUGACGUGGGGUGACCAAGCGGGGGCCGUUUUUAGUGCCCUUGCGGAGGAUUUUAUGAAACCGGUCACAGACAUCGUUGAAUUACUAUUAAAUACCACUGAUAUUAAAGUUGCUGUCUACAAUGGACAGUUAGACUUGAUUGUGGACACUCCUGGGACUGUGAAAUGGGUGGAUGAAUUGAAAUUUGAAGGUUCAGAAGAGUGGAAAAACGCCGAACGAAACGGAAUGGUUUCAAACGGAAUUCUUGAAGGAUAUUACAAAAAAUUGGGCAAUUUUGCGAUGUAUUGGGUCAACAGGGCUGGGCACAUGGUUCCACUGGAUAAUCCCGACGCCAUGAAUUUUAUUUUAGAAGAUGUGGUUGGGACAACAAACAAUAAUAAACUGUAGUUUUGUUCAAAUUGAAUAAAUAGAGCAGGAAUCUUUA